AUGCCGGCUGUGGGGCUUCUGGAGACACCCAGGUUCUGGGUACGACAUGGAGGUGUUCCAUCCUAUGACCUGAUUGCCAAGCCUGGAAGACCCCAAGGUCUUCGAAUCAAGGGCCCCUUGCCGGCCUUGGCCCAAGAGGCCCUGCUGGAGCUGAAAGACCGCGGCUUUUUGAAAAAGAGCUUUCCACGCUUGCUGGAACUGGGGAAGAGCUUUUAUUCCAUCAAGUCUCGACAUGGUGCAUCGCUGAAUGGCGUGCUCCUCAAAGACGAGAUGUCAGAGACGAGUGUCUCAUCCCGACGAGCGUCUCAUCCAACGGUGCCGUUGGCGGAGCUGCCCAGAUGCCGGAAAUUGCUACAUGCGGCCUUGGAGCUCUUAGGACGGGAUUGGGAAGUCGAUCUGGGCAUAGAUGGUGAUGGGCAAGACAACACGGAGAUGUUUCAAGAGCCCAUCCUCGCGUUGAUCUUACAAGCCGCCCCCUCCGAUGGGCUCCGCCUUUGUGGCGGCCUAAAGGAUUCAGGCGAUGGCUCGACACUGCUGGCGCUGGGUGGUGUGGCUGGAGAGAUUUCGGCGCAGCUGCGGGUGGAGCCAGGGUUUCAAGUGCAGGAGUGCGAUGGGAUGGUGAUCUCUCUAGAAGGCCCUGCACGUUACGACUUCGCUCAUGAAGUACCGCCAGUGUCUUCCACCCGCGUCUCAUUGACCUGGCGCUGGUUCAAGGAUGACUUCUUGGAGGAGUUGCGGAGAAGGGAAGCCAAGCUCAGACAGCUAGGUGCAGCCGCAGUGAAAAAGGAUGAAAAAGGUUGA